UCAACGUGGUCGUGCCCGAGUUCGUGAAGCAGUUCGAGUCUCUAAUCCUGCGCACGCCGGCGCGCACCGUCGCUAACUACAUGGUGUGGCGCGUGGUGCUCCAGUCGUACGGUACGCUAGGCAAGCCGUGGCGCGAGCGACUCCAGGAGUUCAUCAAAGUGCUGACGGGCCGAACUCGCGAGAUGGCCCGCUGGGAGCAGUGCAUGGGCUCGCUCACGGGCUCCCUGGGCAUGGCGCUGUCCUCGCUCUACGUGCGGCACUUUUUCCAGGAGGACAGCAAGGGCGCCGCGCUGGACAUGGUCAGCUUCAUCCUGAAAGAGUUUAUGGCCAUCCUGGACGACAUCGAUUGGAUGGACGAGCAGACGCGGCAGCGCGCACGGGCCAAAGCCCAGGCCAUCCAGCCGUACAUUGGCUACCCCGAGGAGCUGCUGAAGGUCGCCCUCGUGGAGGAGCACUACCGUAACGUGAAGCUGAAACCCGACGCGUACUUCGAGAACAUCAUGCAGCUGCGCAAGUGGUCCACGGAUUACGCCUUCGGGCAUCUGCGCAAGCCGUUCAUCAAGGGCGAGUGGAAGACGUUCGCCCAAGUUGCUGUGGUAAACGCCUACUACUCCUGGCUGGAGAACUGCAUCAGGUUCCCAGCCGGCAUCCUACAGGGAGUCUUCUUCUCGAAAGAUCGGCCCAGCUACCUGAAUUACGGAGCAAUUGGCUCUAUCAUUGGCCACGAAAUUACGCACGGCUUCGACGAUCAAGGGCGUCAGUUCGACAAGGACGGCAACAAUAUCAACUGGUGGGAGCCCGAGACAGACCUCAAGUUCCGCCAGAGGGCUCAGUGCAUCGUGGAGCAGUACGGGAACUACACGGUAGCCGAAGGCACCUUGAAUUUAAACGGCAUCAACACGCAGGGUGAGAACAUCGCCGACAACGGAGGCAUCAAGGAAGCCUUUAACGCUUACAAGAAGUGGGUGAAGGAGAACGGUCCGGAGGCCGGGCUGCCGGGCCUCAAAUACACCCCGCAGCAGCUCUUCUGGAUCAGCGCCGCCAACGUAUGGUGCGGCAAGUCCCGUCCCGAGACAUUAAAGCUGAGCAUCCUGGCAGGUUCACACAGCCCGGGUCGAUUCAGGGUCAUCGGUCCCACGUCCAACACGCCCGAGUUUGCCGCCGAGUUCAACUGCCCGGUCGGAUCUCCCAUGAACCCAGUCAACAAGUGCACUGUCUGGUGAUCCCCGACCUCCUCCAAAUAAGAUCUGAUCGCGCGCCCCACCGCACGGAGCAUGCGUCGUCCACUUCCUUUCGCGACCCCUCUCACACGAAAGGAAAACCCCGCCCCUCCAUUCUCGCAGACCACUGCUCUGGAUCCCGAACACAGGGCUCUGAGCAGUGUCCCUCUUCCGACCCCACUUUUGACCACGUCAUCCCUGCCGUCGAGGACCAAGCGCCGCAUACCCAGUGCGAACCGUCAUUGUCAGUCCUAUGACCACCACCAACACCUAGCCUGGCAGCGGCAUACUCUUUAUACGUUCUAAUCCUAUCUAUGAUCCCCUCAGGUUGAAAUAUACGAAUAUGGUGGAAUCUCAGUGUCUUAUAGUGGCUGUUAUGGCCUGCAGCAUCGGUGAUUAAGGCAAACUUAUCUCUACAGACCCACAUACAUACUCCUACAAUAUGAAAGACCCAGUACGUGUGGUUUUUAUGCGGUUGUGCUAUGCAUACCUUGGCCAGAGCCACCUCCUUAGAGACAACAGAAGAACGGUCAAUUUACUUUCUCGCUCCAUGCAAUAUGAAGCCGGCCUAAGUGAAUGCCCCACAAGCGACGCCUGCCACUUUCUUCGUAAAAAAGGACUUACGUACUGACAAGUCAAAAUUCCAUGUUUUUAUUAUUAUCCGAAACGACUGAGAACGAUGCCUGGACAUUACACUC